UCUUCAAAGCAAAAAAAACCCACCUCAAGUUCAACCAUGGCAUCCUCCAAGCUUAGAGACUCGUGUUCCUUCCCAAAUCUUCUCCUCUCAUGUUUGAAUUUCACUCUCUUCAUACUCUCCUCAGUAUCCCUAGCGCCCAUAAUUCUUCUCAGGUUCCCACCCACUUCACUGGGCUUGGCAUUCCUCAUGGUCUCUUGCAUUACUAUUCUCUCCUCCUUCAUUGGCUUCUACUCCCAGUUAACCCACUUUUGCUUCAUAACCCAUGUAUCGCUUCUACUUGCAUCCCUGCUAGGACAACUUUUUGGCGUACUAGCUUUGUUUACAAAAGAAAGAUCAAGCCUUACAACAAUUAAGUCGCCCCGUGAUCCCCGUGAGGCAAAGCUUUUCGUGAGGCUGGAGUGUGGGGUUUUGAUGGCAAUGUUCCUGGUGCAGUUUGUUGUGUUAGUAUUGAGCUGUGCUGUGCAUGCAUGUUGGAUGAGGGAGUAUGAAGGAUUGGAAGCUGAGAGAGACGCCACGGCGAGAAAGAGAAGUAGAAGGAUUGCAAGAGUGCAAGAGGAAGCCGUGGCAAAUGCUGCUAAAAUUGCAGAUGUUAAAGCCAAAGAGCUGGAUGACAAGAUGAAGAACAAGUAUGGUCAGUGGAUCAAGACAGACUUUGAAGGCUGAGGCAUUUACCUUUGUUGCACGCUUAUAUAUAAAUCUUCUGUGAUGAGUUUUCUGCUCUUUUUUGCGCGUCUAGGGGUCACUACUGUGGUGGCCACCGGAGGACGAUGUAGUACCCUAUUGAGUGCCUUCUCUCUGUAAUAUAGUGCUCUAUAUUUCUGCU